AAACCAAUUUAAUGUGAGGGUGUAGCUAACUGCGACUGCAGAGAGGAGUUCCUGUUUCACAGUCUCUCUGAGCUGAACCAUUUAAUUUCUUCUUGAUGCCUGUUACCUGAGGAAACGUCUGCCAAAUGCUAACUAGUUGUGGCUGCACUUUGGCCUGACUCUCUCCAAAACAUGAGCAAUCAGCGAACUGAGAUUUCAGCACGUGCUCCGUGUGGCAUCCCAUCCCAUCCCAUCACCUGGUUUAAUGAUGGGUCAUCUGGCAGCUGACCGAGGAGGAGCAGCCUAUGUUGAUUCCGUCAGCUUGGUAUGCCAGAGAUUUCCAGUAUGGCGCAGUCAGCGAGUAUUGUUCUGCUCCAGUAGCUUAGUGACCUCUAAUGAUGUAAGUGUUGUUUACCAGAAUGGUUUGCCUGUGCUUUCCGUGAUGCUGCCAUCUCGGCGAGAGCGUUGCCAGUUCACACUCCGACCUAUCUCCGACUCUGUCGGCAUUUUCCUAAAGCAACUGCAAGAAGAGGAUAAGGGCAUCGACCGAGUGGCAAUCUACACUCCAGAUGGAGUUCGAAUAGCUGCAUCAACAGGAAUUGACAUUCUACUUCUUACCGACUUCAACUUGGUGAUAAAUGAUGUGACGCACCUUGUACAGCCACCAAAGCAAGAGAGCCUGAGUCACGAGGAUGCGGCGACAAUGAAUGACGUUAAGAUCCUUGUGCAGCAACUUUUCACCACCUUGAACAUUGAGGAACACCAACUGCAUAAGGAGCGGGAACUCCAGAGGCGAGUGGAGGAGCUGCAUGCUCAGAUUGAGCCCCUCGAGAAAAUCAAGUUGGAAUUAGCCAGGAAAGCGGAGAAGAGGUCGAGCUGGGUCCUUUGGGGUGGAAUGGCUUUCAUGGCAACACAGUUCGGAAUCCUCGCCCGACUCACUUGGUGGGAAUAUUCCUGGGAUAUAAUGGAGCCGGUCACCUAUUUCAUUACUUAUGGCAGUGCAAUGGCUAUGUAUGCCUAUUUUGUAAUCACGCGGCAGGAAUACAUCUACCCCGAUGCCAAAGAUAGACAGUACCUGCACUUCUUUCACAGAGGAGCCCAGAAGAUGCAGUUUGAUAUCGCAAAAUACAACCAGCUCAAGGACGCAAUCGCUCAGGCCGAGUUGGACUUGAAACGCCUCCGGGAUCCACUCCAGCUCCAUCUCCCUAUUCGGCCUGUCAGCAACCAGGAAUGAAGAAUAGAUGGAGAGCAACACUCCAUCCAAUACCCCAACCCCCUCUCCUACCCCCUCCCAACCCAAUUCCCUGCCAGUCAACACGUCCACUUCCCACCCACCCCGAGCAGUGGAAAGCCUGGCAAAGCUGAGGCCAGGGGCACACUUACUCAUUUAAACCAAAUGCCCAUGCGUUCUGAAGAUCGAGCAAGAGGGUUUUGAGUCCACGGCGAGGUGUCAGGUGCCCUGCAGACAUCAAUAACCUGGACAGUGUGGGCACUGACUUCCUUCAUGACCACACGGGGGCCGAUGGGGAAUGCACAUUUCCUCUGUGGGAUUUUUUUUAAAAAAGAAAAGAUCAUUUCCAUGCAUUAUUUUACAGUUUUAUCUUGUUUUGUGUGCAGAUUUUACAAACUAUGGAUUCAUCUGACAUUGCUGCAGUCCUUUAAAAGUCUAUAAAUUAUAUGUAUUAAACAGAAUUGCAUACAAUUAAGUGAAAGGGCAUCAUUUGUGAAAUAAAUUGUACAAAAGAGCAUUGUAAUUCUGACAAUAAAUGACUUCCACGACUGUUUUGAAACUAA